GAUGCGACGGAAGUCCUUACUCCACAAGCAGCUGUCCUUGAAUGCACUGGGGAAACAUGUUACACAACUAAAAAUUACAUCAAUUCAAUGCUCUUUUGGCAUUAUUGAACAAACUAUUCAUACCGGAGUAGUGAUAUAAACAUUCAUGAGUUGAUCAGGCUGUUGAUUAUGGCCUGGGGAAUGUUGUCCCACUCCUCUUCAAUGUCUGUACGAAGUUUCUGGAUAUUGGCAGGAAUUGGAACGCGCUGUCAUACACGUCGAUCCAGAGGAUCCCAAACACACUCGAUGGGUGACAUGUCUGUAAAUUUCCCCUAGCCCAGCGAUGUCAGCCCCUAACUCGAACCAGAGAAAAGCGUGCUGGGGCGCUAGGGACGAGCUGUGGAAGUGCCUUGAUGAUAACCAGGACACUGCCUCCUCCUGUGAGAAGUUCCAGAAAGAGUUUGAGGCGAGCUGUCCUGCUCAGUGGGUGAAAUACUUCACCAAGAGGAGAGACUUCUUGAAGUAUAAGGAGAAGAUGCAGACGGAGGGCUUUGAGCCUGCUGACGGGCCUAAGGAGUCACAGUCCUAGCCAGUAGCCACUGGUCAGAAGACUGAGAGGAGGGCUUCCAGGGGCCUCCUGGUUGAGGAUGGACAGCAGUGGACUGUCACUGGACACUAGAGCACAAUCCUGCUAUGCCUCCCAGGGACGACAGCUGCUGGAGGUCAGUGACCUCACACCUGGACCUGAACACUCCGAGGUAGAUGUCACCUACGGGCCGCGGUAAAAUUCUCAAGCUUCUCCCCAAGUGUGCACUUAACUUGGUCACUCCUUGCCUCAGACUAGUGACCAUACCUACGUCACACAGGGACAGGUGUGUGGUGACGUAACCACGGCGAGCGCUGUGGGAAGCGCACCCCUCACAGUCACUGACAUGGUUCUACGGCCUUUCUCUGCAUCUCUGCUCUCUCAAUACAACGUCAAGUGGUUGUAUGUGGUGUGACAAUGCUUUUAUUUGACAUAAUAUCAACCGAACAAAUCAACUUCUCCGUAACAGUCUAACCACCGAAUCAUUUCUUAUUCAUGCUAUUGUCAAAGAUGGAUGCAGAUAGUCUUUAUUUCUGAAUAGACCGGGACAGUAUGUGUGUGUGAUUUGUUGUGUUAAAUAAAGAUGAGUCAUGAGUUCA